UCACAUUUGUCAAUGUCCGAAAAAAGUCGCUUGGAAAAUGGAACAACAGAAUUGGAGUUUGGCUACCUACUGUGUAGCACCUCACGUUGCGGGAACUGCGACUCUACAGGGAGCUAGAUUGACAGACUUUGGAGGGCUUUCGGUUCCGAUCCAUACAAGCUCCACCUAUAAAGUAGAUUCUGCUGAGCAAGGAGCAGUUCUUGCCAGUCGCAAGGGCUGGCCUGAGCUUCGUAAGGAUGGUUCUACAGCAAAGGAUGAAUUCUUCUAUUCAAGAUGGCGAAAUCCUACUGUCGCGGCGGUUGCUGCUCACCUAGCAGCUUUGGAACGGGCAGAAGGUUGCUUGCUAUUUGGCACUGGAAUGGCAGCCAUAAGUACUUCCGUUUUAAGUGCGGUGAAAGCUGGAGAUCAUAUUAUAUCUCAGUCCUCCGUCUAUGGAGGCACUUUUCAUCUAUUCUCUCACUACCUUCGGGAAAGUUUUGCCGUCCAAGUCACGUUCGUCAAUAUUGAAGAUUUGAAUACUCUCGAAAGAUAUAUAAGGCCGAAUACUAAAGUCAUCUACGUAGAGUCUCCAAGCAAUCCUACGCUGCGUUUAGUAAAUUUGGAGCAUAUUGCAUCUAUAGGAAAGAAGCAUAAUAUUUUGACGAUAAUCGAUAGCACGUUGGCAACUCCUAUCAAUCAACAGCCACUAACACUAGGAAUCGAUGUGGUUGUACACAGUGCGACAAAAUUUUUGAGUGGACAUUCCGACCUCACUGCAGGAGCUGUAUUGUCCAAUUCGCAAGACUUCUUGAAACAGGUUCUCUUCUUACAACAGACUUUGGGUUCGACAUUGUCACCGUUCGAUGCAUUUUUGUUGGCCAGAGGAUUGAAGACUCUACAUUUAAGAGUUUCUCAUCAGAAUAAUGCGGCUUUAAAGAUUGCUCAUUUUUUGGACACUCAUCCUAAAGUAAAGGUGGUCCACUAUCCUGGUCUUUCAUCACACAAAGAUUUUCAUUUGGCACAAAGGCAAAUGUCAAAUGGUUGCGGAGGUUUGCUGAGCUUUGAGUUACUCGGAGGGAGAGAAGAUGGUCGAAAGGUUAUCGAGCAUCUUCAAGUAAUUAACUUAGCAGUGUCUCUUGGUAGUGUUGAGUCGCUGGUUGAACAGGCAGCCACAAUGACUCAUAGUCAACUAAACAAGGAAGACUUGUCCGAAGCAGGUAUUGACGAGAGCCUCAUAAGGCUAUCAGUUGGGAUAGAAAAUGUAGAUGACCUGAUUGAGGACUUGAGACAAGCACUAGAGUAUGUAUAAACAUUCGAAUAGACAACUCUAGCCAGCGUCCCUUUUCAAGUUAACAGUAUACUAUAAAGAGUUUAUUAUAUCAUUAGAAAAUGUAUACUUUGUAGUUGGCCUUGAACGAUUAUAAGUAGACAGGGACAAAGGACUUUGAUU